AUGUCAUGUUCUGCAUAUGUGAUCAGCAUUUCAUCUCAAGAGUCCGGGUGUGUUGCGCAAAGAACCUACAACAGGAAGAUGGCCGUGGAAGCAAAGGCAGAGGCUGUCGACCUGGAGACCGCUGUGAGCGAGGUCUCGACCACUGACUCCCUGGCGAAGAUGCAGCCAACGAAGCUCCAGCGCCAGAGCUCCUUCCGCCGGGGCGGCGUGAUUCCCACUGCAAUCUGCCUGAGCAAGGCCGCCAUCGGCGCUGGGGUGCUCUCGGUGUCGGUGCACGCGGCAGAGGUGGGGGCUCUCUACCAGCUGGCGUGCCUCAUGCUGGGUGGCAUGCUGACAGUGCUGAGUAUCCGGUGCAGAGGACAAUGGAGUACGGUAUUCUUGGUCCACAUCGACAAUCCUUAUCCGAAAGCUCUGAAGUGGAUGAUCUCAGUGGCAUCCAUUGAGACGAAGAAGUGGAGCUUCGAAGACGUUUGUGAAGAGCUCUUCCACCCGGUCAUGUCCAUCUUCACCGGCUUCAUGAACGCCUGCGUUUGCCUGGGCUCCGCUGCCGGAUACCUCAUCGUUUGUGGACAGGUCUUCGUGGUGAUUUUCCAGGCGGACAACGCCACCAGGAACCUCUUCGUGGUUUUGGUGGGGAUCUUCGUUUGCUGCCCGAUGGCUUUGGCUCGACAUGUGGGCUUCAUGCGGCACCUGGCGGCCUUGAGCGUCGGUGCCUUGAUCCUCCUCGUCAUCGUGGUGGCGUGGUACAUGGGUGACCGGGGCAUCGACGAGAGCGUCACAACGGAGAACUUUCUCCUGGGCCCAGGUGGAGCUACGUUUAUCACCUACAUGAACUCCAUCAACAACAUGAUCUUCGCCUACAACAACCAGUUCAACGUCCCGCAGCUCACUGGGGAGCUGACGCCCGAGCCCAGCCGCAAUGGCAUGACGAAGGUGGCGCUCUUGAGCACCUCCAUCAGCUUCCUCCUUUACGCCUCGGUCUCCAUCCUGGGCGUCCUGGCUUUUGGGGUGGCCGAGAACCAGAAGGACUCCUUGAUCUUGGACUUGAUGCCCGUGCGAAAGGAGAUCCACGUCCUGAUCUCGCUGAUUGCAGUGAUGUUCAGCGUCCUCACCUGCUUCCAAUUCCACAUCUAUCCCGUCCGGCAGUUCUUGGCGUAUCUGGUGCGCAAGGCCCGCGGUCGCAGCUCCGACGAUGAGAAGACAGACGUGGUCUACUUCGGACGUAGCUUGACGCGGUGGUACGACAUUUUCUGUGCCUUGGGCUCGGUCUGCCUGGUGGUCCUCAUCGCGGUGGUUAUUACCAGCCUCCGGGCCAUGCUGGACUUCAUCGGGGCCUUUGGUGCUGCCUACAUCAGUUUCAUGGUGCCUCCCAUGUGGAUCAUCGCGCUCCGGCGCAAGGAUGAGAAGAACUUCUCCUGGUUCAGCCGGGAGAUCCUCUUUAGUGUUUCCUUCUUGGCUUUGGGCCUCUUCCUCUUCGUCUUCGGCACCUACUCGGCCAUCCUGCCAAUCCUUGGGCUCUGA